UGCAAUGGCCCGUUACUUCAAGGAACAAGAUAUCGAUGAGUUUCGUGAGUGUUUUUACUUAUUCGCUCGCUCAGGCCACAUAACGACGCUGGAUGAGCUAACGGUAAUAAUGCGUUCGCUGGGACUUUCCCCCACCAUACAAGAGCUGACCCAGUAUCUGAAGAAGAAAAAUGGACGCAUGAGUUUUGCUGAUUUUCUCGAGGUCAUGCAUCAGCAUUCGCGCGUAGAAAACCUUCCCGACGAGGUGGUGCAAGCGUUCAAGGCCGGAGAUAAAGCCGGUCGUGGAACAAUCCCAGCAAGACAGCUGCGUCAUCUUCUGCAGAACUGGGGCGAAGGGCUGUCGUAUCGUGAGGUGGAUAACAUUUUUCGUGAAGCAAAUGUAUCGAGCAGCGGUCAUGUUCGGUACAGUGAUUUCGUGCGAGUAGCUUGUGCUCCGGUUCCGGAUUAUUAUUGACGAAUAGUCGUAUAAGUAUAAUUUUUACAUUCCAUCCG